AAAAAAACUCAUCCACCUGCGUGUGCUGUUACCAAAAAGAAAACAUCGCCCGUUAGCUUUAGCGGGCGUGCAUAUUAUCGUUAAUUAAAUUUAUGAGAGAGCUUCGGGAAACUCUCCAAACAAAAAAAAAAAAAACAACAGCGGAACUACUUUGUUCUGGUCAACGCUUUUCCGCCAUAAAAAAAACAUCAAGAAGUUGGUUAAUCUAGAAAUAAAAUACACAAAAAGCUGAUGAUAGCCUAAAAAUUAAUGUUUUUUUCCAACUGCAUUUGAACGGAAUGUAAAUCAUUUUAAGAAUGAAAUUUGGCAAAUUUUCAACGAAACUCAUUAAGGCUGAAAUGGCAAUAUUAACUAUUUACUAUACUUUGUAUGCGUAAUUAAUUUUCGACUUGUGAAAAAUGACAUUAUGGAAAUUACAAAGGAAACACACGGAUAAUUCAUCAUGGAAUGUUGAGGCGCAGAUGUAAUCGCAUUUUUACUUUGUAACCAAACUUGAUGCUAUUAUUAUGAUUAUGAUUAUCAUUAUUACGGAAAAGGGUCGGGAAAAGUUUUAUUUGCUAAUGGCAAAAAAACCGAAAUACUUUCACUUCAAUAUUUUACAACUAAUUAAGGAUAAUUACCAGCCAUUACCCAAAGGGAUUUUGGGCCCAACUCCUUGGCAUGGCGACAAGUUGAAAGUUCGUUUAUUUCCAACCGCCGUUGCGGUUUUACCCGCUGCUUUUACCCGCCUUCAACAUUUUUCCGUUGGUCACCUUAGUUAACGUGGUCGUUAUCUUUUUGGCUUAGGCCGUCUAAUGAACACGAAACACAGUCAUUAGCCUAGAAUCCUUUGAGUCCUGUCCUCUGUCACUUGAUAUACCGCUGACUGAUUGCCAGUGUCAGCUAAUCGGGAUUAACAUUACAGGAUCACUAUUUACAGGAUAUCUAUAUGGUCUACUUCUUUCUUGGAUUUUGAAUAACUUAAAUUGAGAAUUUUUCCAAAAUUCUUACAAAAUCUUACAAAAUUAGCUUCCAACAUCCAAAUCUUCUUUAACAUAUGUUUAAAAAAAUGGUAAUUUGGAUGAUUUUUUGUUGGGUAAAGGGGUUUGAUUAUUGAUUCGAUUUAUGUUAUCAGGGUUGUAUUUAAAUGGGUUGCAACUCUAAAGGCUUUUUUUGUAUGCCUGGGUAAAUUUGACAUCUAUCAAAUAAUAAAUGACAGCUAAUAACUUGUCAAGCGAAAAUUAAACCUAAUCCAAAAACGAGUCGAACAGGACCAGGACCUACGCCCGGCAUAAAAAAAAAAAAACUUUAACUUAAACUUUUUACUUUUCAAAACUCAAUAUGGAAAAUUUUGUGAAAAAUUCGCCAACAAGCAAGAGCGGCACAAAGCCUAAGAAGGGCAACGACGGAAAGAAAGAAGCUACUGAUACUUCUUCGGGGAAUUCAGUUAGUAAUUCAUCAACCAGGCCUAUAAAAAAACAAGAAAAAAACGCAGAGCCAGUGAACGGAAACCCCGACAUUGACUUGGGGCCAGGUUCAUCUAAGACUGUCAUGCCGCGUUGCCUUGGAGCAAAGCCAAAGACAAGACACCUACCGAAAGUUCCCAAAGCAAUGCUCAAAGAAUCGGUCCAAGUCGAUUUACCGAUACUAAAUACAGACCCCUUGAAUGACAUGUGGGAUAUGCGACCAAAUUCGCCCAACAAUCAGCCGUCGUCGCCGGAAAUUCUUGAGAAUUAUAAGGCCAUGAAGAAUUGGUCGGUGCCACCGUCAGAAGCAGAGUGGCCUUUGGGUUGUAUAUUUGGAGAAGACUGCAGCACUUUUAAAACUCCAAAUCGUGUGAAAACUCCAAAGCCCACCAAAUCCCCCUUGCAAGGUUUUGAGAAAGAUUUAAAUUUCGAAAUUGAUGCAAUGCUCCACUGGGAAAAGUACGGACGGAAGUAUAUUCGCCAGGAGGAAGGCAAUAUUAACCGUAAUCGUGAAAAUUAUUACACGCGGACUAUUGGGCCUGAAGAAGAGCAGGCCAUGAACGAUUGGAUCGAAUCUGAAGGGCUUCGAGAACCCAUGAAAGACAUGGAAGAUUUUGAUAUACUAUUGGGCUUAGCUAUGGACUAUGAUAAAAACAAGGAUCUUCUGUUCAAGAUAUUGAAGCCCCAGAGUCCUGUUGGCAUGCCCGUAAAGGAUCCCAAGAAAUGUUUACCUUCAAAGUCGUCGCAGUUGAAGAAACCUUCAGGCGUUAUGCUAAAACCAGACAAAGAUAUUGAAAAGAAACAACCAAUUUCUGAAACCAUAAAGAAAGACGAACAAGUGACUGAUCCAGGACCAUCCUCAUCCGGUAUCAAAAAGGAAAGGGUUAACGGUCCACUAGCACCUAUAGAUCAAGAUGCCAUUGAUUUUGCGAACGAGAUCGACAAGCAACUAAUGAUACCCAAAAGUCCAGGCGAAACUACCAUUACACUUUCCACUGCAAGCGGAUGGAAGAGUUCAUUCACAGUUCGCCUCGAGGACUCAAAGGAAGUCGCUGAUGAAAACAUAAAGAAGAACGGCGAUAACCAUGCCGAGAACCCAUGCUCUACCAAUGAGCUGUUAAUGAGAACCUUGGAGCUUCCACCAGUAUUGAGUAAAAUGGAUUGGAUUCGCCAGAAGAUUCCAAUCAUAAGGCGUCCCGCCAAACCUAAAUUCGUGGUCGUAAACUUGGACAUCGAGUUUAAAGUAUGCAAGCCGUUUUGCACUUUGAACUUGAAAAAAAACUUAGAUUUGAAAAAAACUUCAAAUACCAUCCAAUAUGCAGUUUACAAUAGCGCUGUAGAUGUGAUUCAAAUACAGUAUACGGCCUUAACUUUUGGCUGGGUAUGGUCCGAUGGCACAUUGAUGAUCAUCAAUGGCUUUAAUGAGACCAUGCUGGCCAAAACCCAAAGCUAUUUGGCUGGCGAGAUUACAGGAAACAAGAACUUCACUGCUGAUGCCUCCCACGGCAUGAUGUAUUCAAGUCUCGUCUCUUGUACCUAUUAUCCUUACCGAAUUUCUUUACCAACUUUUAGAAUGUUAUACGUUAUUACUCAGUGCUAUGACACUAUGAUGCCCUUUGUCUACUUCGUGCACAAGGAUUUGCCCGGAGUGGUAGCUCGAAUUAAUCAGACGGGAAUGAUCGAAGUAUUUGCUAUGAUCACGGCUCAUGCGGAUGAAAUGCUGAAGAAGCUGUAUUUGAUGACGGUCCACAGCAAGCAUAACCAUGAUUCGAUGUAAUUAAUUAGAGGUUAAAUCAAUAAUCAAUAUACUCUUAAUCUCUGCAAAUAUAAUGCAUUUGACUGUAUUAAAAACUAGAAUUACCUUAAUGGGUUAGUUAUUGGUUGUUAAGUAAUUCGAAGUCUCAGUUGUAGUAGCUUAAAAUACAGAUAGACCCACAGCCAGCCGUUUCUUAGUUCUAACUUUGUCAAAACAAGACACACCUUUGAAACAGUGACUGUUUUGUGCAGCUUACUACCAAAACUUACCAC